UCCGUAGUACAAUCAUUUCAGUGUCUACGGCCCUUUGAUGCUUGCGGGGUAUCAGAAUUUCUUUGAUAAAAUUAUACGGAGAUUUAUAUUGAUGGGCGAAUUCGGCGCUACAAUGACGUAUAUUGCCGCAAUGUGUAAAUUCCUCGGCGGUAAAAUUCGCGUCUCAACAAGCAAAAUAUUCGAGAUUCACAUGUGAAAUAUCGGGGUUGGAUACGAUUUUGUGUUUGUUUUCGGUGUUUCGGUGGUAACGAUGGCCAGCUCUCCGACGAGUAUAGAGACACAAAUAGACAGCUUCUUGGAACAGUUCAAAAGGAGUGCCUCGAAGGCCAUGGAGGAGAGGAUGGAGUGGCCAGACGGCCCAUCUCCAGGCUCCAUGGUGAAAUCGCGUAGCAGCUGCUUCACGCUGGAUUCUUCUUCGGGUGAAGCGGAAUGCGAUGGCUGCGGCAGCGACAGCGAGGAUGGGCGCAGCGUGGGCGAGCUGCUUCUGCCGCAGUACGUGCUGGCCACGGGCGGGCUGGCGCGCGACCACCGCCCACUGGUCACCUUCCCCGACCACAACAACUUCCACAUGCUCUCCGCCGCCGAGUACCGCCGCUUGCUGCUCUACCUCACCUCGGUGCCCUCGUUGUUAGAAGCAGAAAUGGGGUUUCACAUAAUAAUCGAUAGGAGAAAAGACAGGUGGAAUUCCGUUAAAACGGUGUUACUGCGAAUAUCGGAAUUCUUUCCGGGCAUGAUACACGCGGUGUACGUCCUCAGACCGGCGAGUUUCCUCCAAAAAGCGCUGUCUGAAGUUAGCAGCAAGCUGUUCAAGGAGGAGUUCCGCUUCAGAGUGCUGGUCUGCUCCAGUGUGGAGGAGUUGUACGAACACUUCGACCGCUCGCAGCUCACACCAGACUUGGGCGGCGAAUUGCAGUACUCACAUUCGGAGUGGAUACAACAGCGAAUUGCUCUGGAGAAGUUCUCAACGCUGAUGAAGGAGAUAUCGAGCAAGCUGGACGACUUCAUGCGAGAGAUAGUGGACUGCGAUAUGGGGAACGAUCCCACACAAACCAAAGAAUUAUUAGAAUCACAAGAAUCUAGAUAUAAAGCUUUAAAAAGCGAGCUAUCGUCAGCGACGAGUCAGGGGGAAGAGUUGCUGUCGCAAGUGCGCAAACCAAAUCUUACUUAUAAUAUUAUUAGUCAUGUUGCUGCUGUUGAAAGGUUACUUGUACAACUAGAUGAGACUGAGAAACAAUUCGACAACUUUUGGCAGAAACAUUCCAUGAAAUUAAAUCAUUGGUUAAAAUUUAGGACAUUUUUAUUAAACUUUAAACAAAUGCAGGCUACUUUAGAUGGUCAUUUAAAGACAGCGUGUGAUAUGACUGAAGUUGGCGAAACGGCAAACAGGGUUGAAAGUCUUAUUGAAGAAGCUAAUGACUUUGAAAAACUGUGCAACUGUGAUCUCAAUUUAGCCUCGACAGUCAUAGACGAAGGCGAAGUAUUAAUGAAGGAUCCCUUGAGCUCUGUGGACCACAUAGAAUCAAAAUGCGAGGAAUUAAGACGAACGAGUUCAUUACUUAUAGAUAAAAUACAAAAACGAAAUAUGCUACUUACCAAAGCUAGAGAAUUAAUGGAUAGAAUAGAUAAGGCGAACGAGUGGUGCGCGACGGGUGUGGAGAUCCUAGCGGGGGAGGGGGGGCUGAUAGCCGUGGACAAGCUGCUGGAGGACGCCAAGAGCUUCGGGCUCACGGCGCCCGAGCAGUUCCGCGACAUGCUCAUGCAGUCCGCCACGCAGGAGACCAGGGCGCUGGUCACGCAGGUCUGCCAACGAGUGGAAGACGUCUGGCUGAUGGUGUCAGUGAAGCGAGCAUCGCUCGUGCGCGCGGCGGCCAAACCAGCGCGACCGGUGCAGUCGGUGCCUCCUCACAGCGCAGCCUUACCUGUCACUAACAACAACCAGAUGGAGACGUCAGGAGGGUCAGAGAGUUCGGGCGGCGAGGACGCAGAGGCGCGGCGGUCGCGGCGCGGGCACGUGCUCGCCGAGCUGCUGCAGACUGAGAGGGUGUAUGUGCAGGAACUUGGCUCUAUACUUACGGGUUACAAAGAAGAAAUAGAGAAGCCGGAAAACCAACACAUUCUGCCGGCUGCUCUAGUGGGACAAGCUGACGUACUAUUCGGUAACCUACACGAACUUUUCACAUUCCACCAAGAUGUGUUCCUGAAAGACUUGGAACGAUCGAUAUCCGCCACCGAACUCGUCGCGUUGUGUUUUGUUGAAAAAAGGGAGACAUUUUUCCGCCUAUACAGCUACUACUGUCAGAACAUCCCGCGGUCCGAGCGUCUUCGAGAGACGUUAGUAGACACGCAUCUCUUUCUGCAAGCCUGUCAACAACGCCUCGGCCACAAACUACCGCUCGCUGCUUACCUUCUGAAACCAGUGCAGAGGAUUACCAAAUAUCAACUAUUGCUUAAGGAUUUGCUCCGCUACAGCGAGUGCGGUUCCAUGAGCUCUGGUCUGCAGCAGGCACUGGACUGUAUGCUCGUGGUGCUCAAGUGUGUCAACGACUCCAUGCACCAGAUCGCUAUUACAGGCGUCCCUGUGGAUCUCAAUCAGCAAGGUGAACUGCUGCUACAGAGUUCAUUCAUGGUGGUGUCAGAGAACAAACGAGACCUGAGGCUCAGGAUACGGCCGCGACGACGGCAUAUAUUCCUCUACGAGAAAGCCAUGUUGUUUUGCAAGUCAGCCACCAAAAACAGUCACAACAAAGCCACUUACCACUUCAAACAUGAUCUCCAAAUGUCACAAAUCGGUCUCACAGAGUCAGUGAAGGGCGACCCCCGCAAGUUCGAGGUGUGGCGGCAGGGCAGGUCGGAGGUGCACACCAUCACCGCGCCCACGGUGGAGGUGAAGCGCGCGUGGGUGGAGCGCAUCAAGCGCGUGUUGCUCGACCAGCUCAACGAGCUCAAGGGGGAGCGAGUGAGGCAAUACGGCGCACAACACCACAGAACACUAAUACAAGCGAGCUCAUGGGACUUGGGUCCGGGCGGGGGUCCCACCGCGCGGGGCGUAACUGCGGCAGCGGGCGCGCGCGCAGCGUCCGUGGACGCGCACGACGAACCCUGCUGGUCCACCGACCCCUCCGACGACGACGAUGACGACACCGAACACGCGCCGGCGGUGGGAUGCGCGCUGGUGGCGCUGUCGGACUACACGGCGGUGGGCGCGAGCGAGGUGUCGCUGCGCGAGGGGCAGCACGCCGACCUGCUGAAGGUGGGCUGCGCCGGCUGGUGGUACGUGCGGCUUGCGGGUGGUCAAGGGGAAGGAUGGGCACCGGCGGCUUAUUUGGACCAACGCAAAACUUCUCGGUCGUCGAGUCGAUCGCACGACCGACUGCACGACCACUGAACGCGACAUCCUUGCGACUUGUGACUUCUACAUGCACAACACUCGAUAUGGUACUUAUGGUAUAGGUACGUCACGAAAGUUGAAUCUGCAUGGGCGCUAUAAAUGUUAGGAGAACCAUUCGCUGAUAUUGUACUUAAUAUUUGCAUAGUUACCAAAUUACCAAAAAUCCCACUGAGCAAUUUUACCCUCUUCAAGUCAAAAAACACUGUGUUCACGGUUUAAUAACUUAUACCUAUAGGUACGCAAAUCACAACGUCCUCUUGCUCACUUGGAAAUUGAGUUUUUAGUUAGUUUAUUAAUGCAAUUGAUGCAUGAACGUCGUAAAAAAUUACCUCUCGUGACCUUGAACGUGAACUAAAUCAAAUCACAGGAAGGAUAUAUUCAGCUUCCCUAUCCUUUAGAGUUUAGACCUUUAGAUUCGUAUAGCCUGCAUUUUUAGCCGUGAAUGGAGCUUGAAUAAGUAAUACCUAUAUUAUUAUUCGUGCUUAAAGUGGCAGUUGCCAUUAGAUUCGUUUUCGGUCACCAGCAGACCUUUCAACUUUCAUGACAAUGUACGUUCUCGUUUACUAGUGUUCGGACUAUUGUAUAAAAUUGACAAAUUGGCACAGGUAAGCUCUGAUACCUACAUAAAAAUCGAGUGGACUAUUAUAACAGCUAAAUUACUGCUUUCAAUGGAUGUGUUUAGAAAAGUAAUAAUGCUUAGGACUGUUGGCGUUUGGAAAUUAUGUAGAAAAUUCGAGAGUAAAGUUUUAAAAGUCGAUGUUUUAUCGUGACCUAGUUGGAUUGCAUUUAGGAUUUUAAGAUUGUGGGUUGUAAAAUUGUGGAUUUUGUUUUUAUAAAUUGUUAUGUGAAUAUUAUUUUAUUCGCGAUAUGUAAUUUGGCGUUUUUAAAUGGUGCUAUGUUGCCCUGAUCACAAUUUGUAAAGUUUUAUUUUUAACAGAUUCCACCAAAAUUUUGCCAAUGCGAAUUAUGGUUAUUCUGGUCAUUUAUAAGUUAGUUUACGUUGCAAGUGUUUCCUACCUAAGAUUAUACCCGGGUGUUGGUGCUAAAAGAUCUUAUAUGCUCACAUUCCUUUAACUACAGACACGAGAGCAUAUUUUAUUCGUCAAGAAAACAAGUUUAUUCAAGAAACAUAUUUCAUGCUUAUUAAAUAAAAUGCCUGACAUCUACUAGUGAGUUUCACUAUUGGCAAACCAUAAUACCGAGUCUCUGUCGAGAGGUAAGACGACAGGACAUUGGCGUAACUAUACCAUGAAGCCCACAGUACCUACUAUCUGAGACCCAUGGCGAAUUCAAAGGAUAUUGGUUACUUUUUUUUAAUAUCACAUUGCUUCUGUGAGCUUAGGUUCGUAGCAUUUUGCCAGCCAUAUCAUAUGGCACCACUGCGAUAGGAGGUGGUUGGCAGGCGUGCGUAUUGCCACCCUCUUCCUCUCGCUUCCCUCUGACGUCAAACUUCACACCUCUGUAUCACGCGGUAGCAGACAUAUGUGAUAUGUGAUUUGCCUAUAGUGAAACUCAAAGUUUUCUUUGGGAUUCCGGUUUCAGCUUUUUGGCAUUUCAUGGGAUUCCCCGCCAUAUAUCGACCGAUGAAAAUAUCCUUUGGUGUUUAUACCACUUAAUAAGAACAUGCUGAUAUUUCCUGGGUAGGAAACAGUGUUCAUGAGUUGUGACUAUCAAAAUCAAUAUAAAAAAAAUUUAAUUGUUUUCUUUCUGGGUGUUUAAUGUGGAUUUGCUGUGCAUAAGUCUAGUAGAAGUAACGUAGCGUCCCUCUCAUCACAUUCGUUACUGUUAAUGUAAAAAAAAAAUUACGUAAUUACAGGUGUAUACGAAACUUUUAAUUAAAUUGAAAAGGAUUAUUUUAAAUGAAAAAAAUAUUACCUUAAAGCUAUUUAACUCUUAAGUCUCCUGCUGCUUUGGGUCACGGGGACCUAAGUAUGUAUUCUGUCCCUUAGGUUCGAGUCCAGUACCGCUUAUAUACGAUGUUUUUGUGACUCGACAACAUGUGUUUCAAAUUUGUCUCUAUCUGUAGUAUCUUGAUAGAAAGAGAGAGGGAAAGGCGAAUUCAAGACUCACACUAGCUAUUCUUAAAAGAUAUUCUCUAUAAAAUUCUAAAGAAGAUGUGAAGUUGGGAGGAUCGUUGGAUGACGAUUGUACAUAGGUAUCUAAGUAUUGUAACUGUUGAGGGUGUUGAGCAACCCUCGGGGGUUGAGGAUUGAAGCUAUAGUCUAGCAAGUUCGUUGAUGACACUCCCAUGAUAUGCGGGCGACGGGGGGAAAGACUGGGCGGGUGUGACAUCGUCCGUGCGGGGAAGUGAGGUGUAUCAGUCGUGGGUUUUUCAUUCAUCGCAACACGCCACCCGACCCGCGCGGACCGUCGGGAGUGUUACGAACGAAGUUGCCAAGCUAUAUAAUCCUUUCCAUUAAAUUCAAAGUUUCAUUUACAUCAGAAAAUACGUCAAAAUAACAUUGUUAAAAUGUAUGUAAAUGUUGUUCUAAAAAGCUUUAUUGUAAAUUAGUGUUAGAUAUAGAUCGUUAUUGUUACGAUUCGGAUUAUCCAAAGCUAUUGUAUAGUGGAGUAGGGCGUUGUAGCCUGGGAGCUGGCGGACGAUUUUGAGGAGGCAGUUAUACGAGACAUCGGAGGCAGUGACAUGGUCGUAAAAUAUAAUUUGUAUGGUUUUAAAUAAUAUAAUAUAAACACCGAGACCACAUAUAUACCAUAUUAGAAAAUUACAUGCGAUUCAAAAAACUUUGAUUGCGAUUUUGUUAAUUAUUUUUGUUUUUUAACUCAACACGCGAUAAACUGAAAAGUGACUGAAAAUGUCAUACUAUUGCAUUCACAAAUUCCCAAAACAAAUAUGAUUUGAUUGUCGUUCAAUCAUAAUUCUUUGAGAAGGGUAAGAUUUUAAGUAGGUACCUAUAUUUCGAAUUUUAACGUUUAUUAAAUGUGUCAGCAAAAUUUCCCGCCAGCUCCUGAACCAUUGUUGAAGCAGUGACUGUAAUAUUUUCUCCUGUAAAUAUCAUUUUUAUGUUUAAUUUUAGUUAUUUAUUUUGACCCCAGCGUGCUUUCGAUGGUGUUGAUUAGGUGCAUCUCAAUUCUCCAUGACAUUUGUUUGUGUUCGUUUUCCAUCGUAACUAUUAAAAUACCUACCAUACAGUUGUUAACUUUUUCAUGUGAACUAUCAAAUUAUUCAUAUCCUUCCUUUAUGAUUAUUAUUUUUUAAAUGUGUUUUUUUUUAAAUAUGUUUUAAAGAUUCACCGAAAUUGACGCAAUAUUUUAAUUGGAAUAGAAUCUGGGUACUUUGGCAGUUCUCAUUUACGUUCUCGUAACUUACUGAUGCCAACGCUCCUGGCACUCUGAACGUAUUAUACAACCACACACUAUAAGAUAUAAAUUGAGAAAUUGCAAAUGAGUUGUCCACAAAUAUCAAGAUAUUAAAUAAGACAGUCAAGUGCCAGGACUGUUGUCGCAAUGUAUAGUACUUACCUUCAUCGUGUUGCUGUGGAAAACCGUUAUAAAUAACAUCAUAAGCAUUCAUUUAAUCACUUUAUUUUUAAUUAAAUAUGAUUAAUCAUAUCUCGGUGCCUACAUGUGUAACUGAUAAACAAUGCGUGCUAGCGUAAUCUUAAAAAAACAAAUUAUGUAAUGAAAAAUGCUGGUGCCUAUCAUAGAGCCACGGCGUUAUAACAUAGGUAGAUGCAACCCAAAGAUUUUAUACUAUUAGAUAUGUCACUAGAGCGUCGUAACUGAGGCAAACAAAUGUUGCUAACAGCCAGUUUCUUCAUGUAAAGCUAAAGUAACAGUAAAAGUAGUAAGUAGUAAAGAAAACUUUAUUUUUCAGUGAAUAAGACCGUCACUUUUGAUUUAUGACGUUACUUUGACUGUUACUUGCGAUGAAGAAACUGGCCGUACGUACAUGUCUUAAUUUAAUUUAAGCGCAUAGUAAACAACGGAAGCUAUUUUAAACAAAUUAAAUUUUGUCUAAAAUGUCCAGUUAUGUGUACAGGAAGUGUAAAAACUAUAUAUACAAAUACUAAAAUACAUAUAAUAUAAAUAAACACACAGUUGUGCUUGUUAGCUCUGUAUGGAAUAGCAAAAUUCAUCAUGGUAACAUAUCUAAUAGUAUAAAAUCGUUGGAUGUUAAACAAUAGCGCCCAAAUCAACGAUAGUAUAUUGUCGACCAAUAGCGCCCAAGUCAAUAAUAGUGUAUUGUCGACCAAUAGCGCCCAAGUCAACAAUAGUGUAUUGUCGACCAAUAGCGCCCAAGUCAAUAAUAGUGUAUUGUCGACCAAUAGCGCCCAAGUCAACAAUAGUGUAUUGUCGACCAAUAGCGCCCAAAUCAACGAUAGUAUAUUGUCGACCAAUAGCGCCCAAAUCAACGUUAUUAUAUUGUCGACCAAUAGCGCCCAAAUCGAAAAUAGUGAUAGCUAUAUUUUCGAUCCGCUGCUAAUGGUCGACUAUCUCUUGUCAUCAAGAGAUAUCCAUAUCAUAGCUUGUGAUGAAUAAUGCAAAGGCUUGGUUGAACCCGUGGCUAUGAGAUUACGCGUGCUUUGUUGCCUAUCCUAAGUAUAAAAAAAUACUAGUCGCGAUUUUUGUAUAUCCUCGUAUAUGAUACAUAUAUCACUGUCAUAAAAUGUCAUUGUAAUAAAUAUUCAGAAAAUAUCAUCAUCUCAUUGCAUAUCAUCUCAAAAAUUAAUGUAAUUAAUUAAUGUUAUCAUGUGUUAUUUUGGAAAUAAAUUCCAUUAAAUUUUGAAAAAGUUAUUUAUAUAUUUGAUCGCUCUCACAGUUACAACUCUGUAUUUAUAAUCAUCUGCCUCGCCACGCGAUGUUGGUAUUAUCAAAAAUAUUAGGCGACUAAAUAGUAUUUCUAACCGACUUCAAAUAGGAGGUUUUUAAGUUGAUCAGUAUGUUUUUUAUGUAUGUUCCAUAACUAAAAACAUACCUACCUACUACUAACUUCCUAUUUACGAUUUCAGUUUAAUCACUUUUUCAGUUACAUAUUUAAUUGCCAAUAUUUGUUUUAUUUUACAAAAGAAUUUUAUUAUAUUGUCAACUCAAGUGGCGACAGGCGGUAUGUUUUUUCAUCACAUGUAAAUUCGUCUUGUGAACCUUUAAACGUGUGAUAACCACAACUGAGGUCACGAAUUAUACACAUUUGUCCAUUUCA